UUUCUUGCGUCACGUCAUGGCUGGCAUGAAGCUUGAUUACUUUUCUUGCAAAAGUGAGCUUGGCUUGGUUUUCUUUGUAACUAUUUGAAAGUGGAGGUUUCCGUCAAUGUUUUGACUUUUAUUUACGUUUUGGCUCGUAAAAACUUAUAAUGUUUGUUUAUUGAUAAUAAAUAGAAUUAUUUGCGUAAGGAUAUGUAUAAUUUGCUCUAGAGAAAGGUGUAAAUCCAUUACAAAAUGAACGACGGGGAUUGGAUAUGCAGUGAUUCAAAUUGCGGAAAUAUCAAUUUUGCACGCAGAGUUUCAUGUUAUCGAUGUAAUAAAGAAAGACCCGACAGUUCCAAAUCAUUUAAAAAGAAACUCGGUACUGAAAUAGGGAAGACCGCAGCUGAAAAGUCCCGUGGUUUAUUCAAUGCCGACGACUGGCAGUGUAAUAAAUGUGCUAACGUUAACUGGGCCCGGCGUCAAACCUGUAAUGUUUGCAACGCACCGAAGUACGGCGAAGUUGAAGCUCGCACCGGCUACGGUGGAGGUUACAAUGAACGCGGUGUUGUGGAAUAUAGAAGGCGCGAACCGUCGUCUGAUGAUGAAUAUGAUGAAUUUGGUCGAAAAAAACGCAAAAGAAUGUCAGUUUCUCAAGAGAAGACUGAAAAGGUUGGCAUCACUGAAGGAGCAGUAGUCAAAAACUUGCCACCAACAGUGCUGCAGAAGGAAUCGAAUAAAGAACAUAAUAAGCCAGUUGAUGGUCCAAACUUGUUGAUGAGUACAAAUGAUCCACUAAAAAAUAGAAAAGACAGUUGUAGUGAUGGCUCCAUGUAUGAGUUUCUUCCACUUACAAAAGCAGCAUACACUAAAUACCAGCAGAUUAACAAUCAGAAGCAAGAUCAUAUGCUACCAGUGUACAAGACAAAUCGACAAUCAAGAAAAAGGUAUUCAAGCAAUGGCGACCGUGAUCAAGCAGCUUCCUCAGGCUAUGAGACUAGUUCCAAGAAGAGCAAACAAGACAGCACAGAGUCACUAGUCAUUAAAACCUCUAAUCCUGUCAUGGAAAAUAGAGUGUCUUCUACAAAUCGUACUGUAGAAUACAAAUGUACAGGACCAAAUCCAGCAGAAAAACGGCAGAUGUCUUACACUCUUGAAGAGAAAGUGAGGAUUGCAGCCUUUGCUAUUGUUUACAAUAAUUGUAAAAUAUGCACUGAAAAAUUUGAAGCACUCUCUGAUAAACCAGCUCCAGAUUUCAAGACAAUAUUUGAUUUGAGACAAAGGCUCUUAACCACAGGUUGUUUAGUUGAUCCACAUUCAGAAUUGGAAAAGGAAAAACUUAUUGCAGAUAAGUUGAAACAAAACUCUGUGAACUCUGUUGUAGGCAAUGCUAAAACAAUCUGUAAAGUAAGAAAUCCAGAUGAACUAUCAAUUCCCUCAGAUAGUGAAAAUGAAGACCUUAAAAAUACUAACAAGCUAAGAAGAAGUGUCAGUGCAGAAACUUUAUGCAUAGGGGCUGAUGUUGAACUUCAAACGUGGGGUGGUUCGGCAACUACAAAUGAAGACCGACAAACAAGAAGUCACUCACAGUCCACAAAUAGAAGAACUUGUUCAAACUCCCAUGACAGUCAAGACUCAAAUUACCCAGAUACGGAUUCAGAGAAGUGCACAAAUACUCUUAAACCAUGUAAUGUUUUAAAAUCUGCUAAUAUUAUGGCAAGGCAGACAAUACAUGACACGGAUUCUGAUUCUGUGUCAUACAACAGUGACGAAGAUAACUUCUUAUCAAGAGUUUUCGGAGAAAAUAAGAAAAAACGAAAAAUUAAGCGGCGCCCUAUCCCUGCUGCUAUGCCUAGAGCCAACAGUGCACACAGUGAUGUGAAUACUUAUGAAGGAUACAGCACAAUUAAAAUGACUGACAAGUCUCCAUUAGCUACUGGUAACAUUUACACUUCCAAUUUACGAAACAUGAAUGUAAAAAUUCGUGAACAUAUUGAGAUUGAUGGCUAUUCAAGUGAAUAUGUGCCAACUAAACUAGGAGCUAUUGCGAAAAACAAUUACCAGGACUUCAAAGAUAAUGUGCGAAAAAAAGGGUAUUGGGCCAAGGGCAAUGGGACAUCAUAUAUGAUGAAUAGACGAUCAAUGGAUGCUAAUCGUAAACAAAGAGGAACAGCUAGACCUCCAAAACAAGCUAUUAAAACUACUUUUACAGCAGACCAUAAAUAUCCUACCCUCCCGCCUAAACCAGUUAUCGAACAAACUGAAGAUUUUACUAGUGGUGACCUUGCCAAUUUUGCUGACAAUGAACAGUACAUGUCUUUUGAUGAACCUGUGCAGGCAAACCAGCCUCAAGAUAUUAGUGUAAGCGCGUCUGAAAGCACAGAUCGUAUUUUUGCAGCCGUACAAUCAAAUAACACUACAAAAAACCGAAGUAUUCUGGAUAUUUUUGAUACCAGUGAUCCGUUAGAAAAGAGUCUGCAACUGGAUAAUGACUUAGACAAGUAUGACACUGUGCGAAAACAGUAUGAAAAUAAAUGGGAUGAAGAUGAUGAUGCUCUAUAUGGAGAGUCUGAUUGUGCUGGUAUUGAAUCAACAAAGCCCAAAGUACUAUCCCACCCUUGUUCUGUUAAGAUACAGAGUCCAACAUUACAAACGUUUUAUCAAACAGAUGUGAAACGACUUGAUACACAUAACAAGAACACCAUGCCAGACUUUAUAAAAGAGAAACAUGAAAUUCUUUUGGAUAUGUUGAAAGACCUUCAAAACAAUGAGAUCAGCCAAAUGGUAUCACCAUUAAAACAUGGAUCAUCACACUUGCAAUCAUCAGAGGAAAGGAAUUUGAAUUCCAAUGAUAUAACCGACAUAACACAUAACUUUGUUGUGGCUAAUCCCGAUAAAGUAAAAAUACAUCCUAAAACUAAAGCUCUUCCGACCCCUAGUAUUACAAUGAUUAGGACGAGUCCUCAAACGCAGAAUGUUAGUAAAAGAUCAGAUCCAAUUCCUAAAAUGACAAAAUAUGAUUCCAGUCCAAGUCCAAAUAAGUCGAAAUUCAAUCCUAAUCGAAACCAAGUUGAUCAAAGUCCUAAAUGUCCCGUAAACCGAUCAAAACAGAUGUCUAAAUGUAUCAAGCCUCCGUCUGAGCCUAUAUCGAAUCCACAUGUGCCCCGCACAAAUGUACAUCGCAAAAAAAAUCAAAGCAAGUACUUUAAUCGAUCUCAGGACGUAUCCAAACCACCUAUUACUAGAUCAUAUUCCAUUCAAAAUCUAGCUACUACUGACCCUAAUCUACAUUUAAACAGUCUUAAUCAAAAUCUCAACCAAGGGUUAUCUAGACUUGAAAAAAACCUAAACCCGAAAAUGACUAGAUCUGAUUCUAUUCCAUGUCUCAACACAAAUACGAAUGAUUUAGUCCAUCAGUUACCUAAUUACUGCCAUAAACAGUUUACAAAUACACCUAUGAUUGGUCCUAAUCGAAAUCUAAACUUCAACGACAGACAUAAUUCAAACGCAAACAUAAAAAGCAAUCAAUCUGUUAUGACGUCAGAUCUUAAUACAAUAAGACCCGAACUAGUCCACAACGUACCAGCGAAUAGGCCGCGUCGGAUUCCAGACAUUCCUUUACCUAGAUCAGAAUUAGUUCCCGAACCAAUGCUUUCUCAAUUAGGUACGAUACCUACAGAACAUUCCAAUGAAGUUUUGCAAAUAUUAGAGAACAAUGACGAUAGUAAUAAUACGAAGAAUGUUAAAAAAACUAUAAGUCCUUCAAAGAAAGUCCAAGUGCUUGAGUAUGUGACCUUGAAGGCCGCUUCAGAGACUCCGAGCUCAACUUCGCCACAGAAACAAUUUCAACAUUCAACCCCUAAGCAAUUACCACAACAGACUGAACCAGUUCCUAGUACUCAAAGUUUUGAGGACAAUAAAAAUCAGGAAAACCCUAAAGAACAUGAACAGAGUGUAAAACAGACCGACCUUUCCAGUUUAUUAGCUGGCAUAAAUACCAACACAUUGCUGUUGGCAUUGCAAAAUCUACAGCAAAUGACACAGAAACCAUCUUCAAUGAGCAAUACUGAAGAAAUCAAUAGCGAACAACCGAACUGCGUAGAGCAGGCGCCGGCUUCUGAAACUAUAAAUUUAACUAAUGACGAGGAUUGGGAGAAGGAGUCCAACAGAGAUGGAAGUAUCGAAAGAGAACUAGAAAAGUUGGAUGGCAGGGCUACCGAUACUCCUUUUUUAAGUGACAUUUUUGAUCCAGGCCCGGUUAUAAUACCGCCAAAUAUAGUAAAAAAAUUAAAUCUAAAUGUAGAUACUGAAGAAGAAUCUAAAAACGAAAAUGCUAACGUAAUUGGGAAUUUUAAAAGUUUCGCCUUACCUAAACCUAUAUUACUGAAUAGGCUAAAGCUUACAGUUAAAACUCCUGACAAACCCACAAAAGGCUCUGGGAAAAGAGAAAAGCGAAAGAAAAAGGGCAAGGGAGGCUCGGGGCCGGGCCCGGAGGGCGAAGACGAGGACGAUGACGACGAAUCUGGUGACGAAGCCGACCUCUCCAAGUAUGACUUAUGGGGCAGUGAUGCUGAACAAGGCAACUCUUCUAAGACAGACAAUGCGGAAAAAUCAAAGAGUGCAGAAAACACAAAAGAGGCCGUGUCAGAGAGCCCAAACGACAAAACUAACAAGCCGGCCUCGCCAAACAACAAGAGUAAGAGAAGGUCUAGGAGCUCGUCGUCGUCGUCCAGCUCCUCAUCGAGUUCCAGUUCUAGUCAUAGCUCCACAGCUCCCAAAAACAAAUUCGACGAUUUUAACUUAAACAGCGAGCGGGAGUCGCCGCCGAAGACGCGCAAGUCACGAUCGCGGUCGCGGUCGCCGCGGUCGCGUGCGCCCUCGCGACGUAAGUCACGCGACAGUCGGUCAGCCGGGGAGUCCAGGAGCCACGAGUCGUCGCGCGACAAAGAUUACUCGCGGGAUCGCGACCGGCGCGAGCGGUCCCGCGGCGCCCGGGACGAGCGCGGCGAGCGGCCCGAGCGCCGCUACAGCCGCGACGGGAACCACUACAGCUCGCGCGGCCGCCACCGCUAGCGCCACGACACUCGCUAUCGUUAGUCUCACAGACUUUGGCCCGAUCAUUGAUCGUCGCCGCCUAUACCGUAUUUUAUUAUAAAAUAACCCUAACUCAUUUCUGUAGCUCUUGUGAAACUGACAUACAUAUGACCUAAAAUAAGUUUUUUAAUGUUUGACUAAAUAGCGCUGAUUGUAAUGAAUUGAUUCGGUAAUGUUUUGUCAUUCUGAAAUGUAAAGAUUCUCAAUUUUAUGUCAGGGCAUGUAACUGAACCAGCAAGCGUUUAUAUUUUUAUGUUGUAUGUAGACUGAGGAUGUUUAGAAUACACUCAGUUUGAACAUAAGAUAUAGUCAAAUCUUGUUUCUUGCAAGUCCAGAUGGACGAAUACGAAACAUUAUUUUCCUUAGUUAACCUUGCUGUUUGUGAUAGUUCAUGAUUAGAGAUCACAGCAUAGUUAACUAUACUUGUGAAGCGCACUUGCAGAAAGAGAUCUCAGCAUAAUAAUUGUGUUUAUGCAAUAUAACAGUAAAAUAUUUACCAAGUAGUGUGUCCAUAAAAGAUAUUUGAAUUCUAUUGAUGUCUAAUGUAACCUAAAUGUAUUUGCCGUUCGCAUUUAAGGAACAUAAUACAGUUGUAGUCAUUGGUAAUGUUACAUUUAAUGAUAUAAAGCUAGACAAGAUACUCGGUUAUGAUAUUAAACUUCUUUUGGUUCUAAGAUGUCAUCCUUGCCUGUUUAAUUUGUUCUGUGUAUAGUGCUUCGUUAGAGGCGUUGUAAUUAAAGAUUUGUGUGUGUGUGUGACGAGUUUUUCCAGGUCACUUGUGUGUUCAAUUUAGGUACUGGAUUUUAACUUGAGAUUCAAAUUAUUAAGUCCUUAGAGGACAUGAUUACAAUUUAUACUUAAUCUAAGUCAUUGGGUAAGCUUCAAUCAAAACUUACAUAGCCUCUAACUUAGCGCUAUUAAAUCUGCCUUGUAUUUUAUAACCAAAAACAGUUUGUUUGUAUGCUUGUAAAAAGGAAAGCUCUGUAUAGGUAACUGGAAGUAUAGUUAUUACACAACUUACUGGUAACGUGUAAUAACGCUAGAAGAUGAAAGACUGAUUGUAGGUUGGUUAAGAGCCGUGUGAAUGAGUCGUGGGAUUGGUGCCAAUAACUUGGGUGGUGGGAGAAGAUUGCUGACGCUUCCGAGCCAGCCUAUCCUUACGCUAUCCUUUGACGUGUGAUAUUGUGUUACUUUUGUAAAUAAUAAUAUUAGGCGCUUGUUAAAAACAAAGAUUUUCAAAUGAUUUAUCGCAGGGAAUUGUUUCAAUUGUCUUCUUGGUAUGUUAUCUGGAGGUGCUUGUGUACUCUCAAUGGUAUAAGUUUCUUUCAAUCUGUUUUGAAAAUAGUGAAAAGACAAUUUUGUUAUUAUUUUGAAUACCUAGUGAUACGAAUUACAUUUAAGCUAAUAUUGUAUGGUAAUUGAUUUACCAUUAAAAUCAUAUAAUACACAAA